AGGAAAGAAUGACACUGUCUAACAGAAAACCUUUUCACUGGUUACAUACGUGUUGUUUUCAAAGUAAUGAGUUAUUCAAACCAAGAAUAACAUGCACUAAAGAAGGAAUAUGUUACAAGUUUGCAUCUCGCAAGUCCGAGAGUUGCUUUUCUCGACAUAACAAGAAGUGGCCAAACAACCUAAAAUUGGCGCGCGCUUUGCGGUGUCUUUUUUCUACCAACGAUGUUCAACCGAUAUAUUUGACGCAAUCUCUAUUGGCAUAUACACCUUCGGCAUCACUAUUACAGUUUACUAGCAGUUUAAGUGGACUAGCAGUGCUUGCUUUGGUUAUCAUCGUUCAUGAAGCUGGACAUUUCUUCGCUGCAAGACUACAAGGCAUUCGAGUGAAAAACUUUUCCAUAGGUUUUGGUCCUUCUUUUCUUUCGUACAAACCGAAAAACUCGGAAACUGAAUUCUCCUUGCGCAUGAUACCAUUGGGAGGUUUUGUUUCCUUUCCUGAAGAAACCACAAAGGACGAGUCAACAGGAGAAACACAAAAGUUAUCAGAUCCUAACCUUCUUUCUAACAGACCUGUUGGACAACGAGCUAUUGUAAUAUCUGCGGGUGUAAUUGCCAAUAUCUUUUUUGCUUGGAUUUCAUUGUUCAGUUCCAUCAGUAUAUUCGGUAUGGCAGAACCAUCCUUUUCACCUGGAGCAGUUGUUAUGAAUAUUCAGAAUUUGGAUGGACCAGCAAGUCAAGCUGGUUUACAACCCAACGAUGUCAUUGUGGAGCUACAAGGAGAACCCAUACCUGCAUCUGGUAUGUCAGCAAAGAUAUUGGCUGAUAAUAUUCGUUCAAGUGGAGGUAAAGUAUUACAGAUUACUAUCAAAAGAGGAAAUGAAUAUCGCUCCAUUGAAUUGAAGCCUGAAUGUUGUAACAAAAAUGGAGAAGCUACUUUAGGAGGAGUAGAGUUGAUUCCCAACAUGAAAAUCAGUCGACAGCGUCCCACGAGUAUAUGGAAUAGUAUUGAGUUGACUCAUUCGGAAUUUGUACGGUUUUCAGGUCAAGUUUUUGGUGGCUUGUAUCGUCUGGUUACUCAUUUUCGUCAAUCUUCAAGUGGUUUAGCUGGACCCAUUGGAGUAGUAAGUAUGGGAGCUGAAUUGGCUAAGAACGAUGCGGCUUCCCUUUUUUCAUUUGCUGCAGCCAUAUCUAUCAAUUUGGCUUUGAUCAACUCCCUUCCUAUACCUGCUUUGGAUGGUGGUCAAAUGUUAUUUUUGUUAUGGGAAGCCAUUCGAGGAGUACCUUUACCGUUGCGGGUUCAAGAUGCUGUAAAUAGGACAGCAUUAUUCUUGUUUCUAGUUGCAAGUGGGUUUCUCUUAAUAGGAGAUUUGGAUCGGUUGCAUAUUUUGCCAUCGAUAUUCAAAUAAAUGGACUCAACAUUUUUCUUUCAUAAUGGCUUUCAAAGUUUUUGGUUUUCUUGGUGGAUGUUUGUGAUA